UACGCCGUCACUGCUCAGCGUGCAUUCUGAGUAGCAGACUCUGGGUUUUAUUUUUGGACUGCUAUGGAGCCUGUGCCUUCCAUUUGAAGGAAGGGGGAAUAGUUGAACUCAACAUGAGUGUACCGUUUUGACAGUCCGAGCUGGGACAAGCAGGCAGCCGCCGGACACCCCUGAAGAGCAGACACACAGGGGACCUCUUCAUCCGCCUUCUUCUACAGUCUCUUAGGGGCUAAAGAUUUCAUGGCUGCCCGAGCAGGCCUGCUUUCCCAGCACUACCCACCACCUCUGUUCCCCAAACCCGGGAAAGAAAAUGUCAGACUCCGGAAAAUACUUAAGAAGACGGCAAAGAAAAAGGCUGCGGCCCAGGCUUCGCAGCAAUCCGUCCCGUUCCGCUCAACCCUCUCCCCAGUCAAUGAAGCUAGUCCCGACCUAGAACGCAGUGACCACUCGACACCUCCCAAAACUCCAGAAACACCUUUAUUCAUUGGUACGGUACACCAACGUUUCAGUGUCCGACCACUGUAUCAGCAUGUGUCAUCUCCCUACCCUCAUCAUAGAGGAUUCUCUUUUGGCCAGAAAGCAAGGAUUUCCCCUCAACCAUAUGUGGGUCCAGCUCCAGCAUUUCAAUACACACCAUCACCAGGACUAAGACAUGAUGCACAUAUUACGGCUCCAAUUACGAUUUUAGUGACCGAAGAAAUCACACACAUGAAAUCCUCAGACACGCUGCUACAACCUUCACAAACAAUGGAAAUUAGUGGAACUCUGGCUCCAAGCCCUCAGCUAAUCGCUGUCUCUAAAACAGCAAAGUCAUUGUUUGAAGUUCCUCAAAUUACCAAUUACACUGCAAAGUCAACAGGGUUGACACCAUCAUAUUCAUCACCAACAAGGAGUAGAACACCAACUGCAGAGUUGUUGAGAGCCCCAACACCAACAUUUGAGGUUAGAAAGAUUGUUUCACCAACAUCUGAACUGCAAAGAGGUAGAACGCCAACCAGAGAAAUCAGAAGAGUUGCGACACCAACAUUUGAAGUCAAGAGGAUUGCAACCCCAACUUCAGAAAUUAAGAAAGCCCCAACCCCAACUGUCGAAAUCAAGAAAGAGGCGAUUCCAUCUUCUGAAAUGAAGAAGGUUGGCACUCCAGAGAUUAAACCAGAUACAACGCCUACAUCUCUUGAGACAAAACAAAUCUCAACUCAAACACUUGAGACAAAGAUGCCUACAACUCCAACAAGAGCAAGGACACCAACAUAUGACUAUACCCUUACAAAAACACAUUCAGGACGUUCCAAAACACCCCCAGAUCAUGUGAAACGCGUUACUGUACCUGUGAUUCAGAUUUCAAGUCCAAAUCCACUUUUAUUUGCUGUAUCUCCUUUACACAUGGAGGGCAGAAGAUCUAAAACACCAACCUUAAGCUUGACUGGGCCACAUGAUGAAAUUCCCAAAAUAUCAGAUCAGGUGAAUGACACUAGUCUUCAGAAUGGGGAUAUAUAUGCGAAAUCAACUCAACUCCCGCAAGAAAAAGUAGAUAAAACCACAUUUAAAAGCUUGUCAGAACCAGCAAAAGCUCAAAUACAGGACACUAAAGCACUUGAAUCCCCAAAACCUGUUGCAAAGGAACCUGAAAAGCCUGCAACCCAAACAACAAGUAUUGAACCGGCACAGCCUAUCUUAUCUUCAGUUGAGCGUCAAAGAGUCCCAGCAUUUGCCAAUCAAAGACCUAAAACGCCAACAAGACCUAAAUCCAAAACAUCAUAUUAUGGAUUGACCCCCGCUGAAUACGCUGCCCAUGGUGGAAUAAAAAGCUAUUCACCAAAUUUCAGCAUCUCUACACCAAUUGCACAACCAGCUGUAGAGGAACCUCAGAUUCCAAAACAGAAACCAGAAGUACCUCAACUAGAUGAUAACAAGACCAUGAAAGAUGACGUUAAGCCUGAGGCAAAGCCUAAACAGCAAGUUUCAAUCCAACCAUCUCAGGCAGUUGUUCAAGAAGAAACCACUGUGGCUCCUCUAACUUUGGAGGAUGCAAGAGCAAAACCUAUGGGGGACAUUCCCAAGGAAUCUGUGGCACAUACAACAGAUUCGAAAGGACAAAUUCCAUCCAUUGUAGUGACUGUGCCUGAUAUAUCAGCAUCAGAAACGCCAAAAACAAAGAUAACAAGCAUCGUAACACCAAGAGUAAGAACUCCAACCUAUGGAUCUCCUAGACUUUCCCAAAUGGCAGCAACAGCUCAAACUGUGAAAGAAACUCUGGACAAUGAAAGUAAGACUGUGCUGUUAGCUGACAAAGAACUGGGAAAGCCAGUGCCUCCAAAGGUGUUGGAAGAUAAAAGUGAUACCCAACCAUCGAAACUGGCAGAGAAGCCAACAGAGGGUAAAAUGACUUUGUUGGAGCGAAUUAAGCAGCAAAAAAUUGCUUCUGAAAAAGCUCCCGAAAAGCACGAAGAGGAUAAACCAAAAGAAGACCAGAGAGACCUUAAAACAAAGAAUGAUAAAAAAGUAAGAAUCGAGACAAAACCUAGUAGCCAAGAGGAGAUCAAGCCUGUAGCCGAGAAGGAAGCUGAUGCACCCUCCCUAUCUGCAGAGCCUCUUUUGAAAGCAUUACAGAAACCAAAAGGCGCCAAGUCGAAACUGAGUGGCUGGUCUCGUCUCAAGAAACACAUGGUGGUUGAAGCCGAGGAACCCAAGUUUCCAGAACCUGGGUCGGAAAGAGAAGUCCCUGCUGGUGUUGAUCAAAACUCAGCUGAGGUGAAGUCAAUAGACGAAGCAAAGACUGGUGAGAGCCAGGACACCCCUAAGGCAACAAAAAUGUGGGACGCUGUCCUUUUCCAAAUGUUCUCCAGCAAAGAGAGCAUAUUGCAACAACUUGAAGCCAAUAAAACCGAGGAGCAGAAGAAACUGGAAGCAGAACAGAAGGCGCCCACAGAAAUUCCUUCAUUUGCACAUCGUUUACCACUUCUCCUUUACUGCCCACGAUUCGAUGCCAGGAGACUAAAAGAGGCAGCUUCGCGACCAGCGACAAAGAUCGCAACGGUUUUUGAAAUGGGACUCAUAGGCCGCAAAAAUAAAGAGGAAGAACCAAAAGACUUCAACAGAACAGCCAAAGGCUUCCCUACUUCCUAAACCACUGACAUACGUUAUAAAUAAUGGGAAAUUAUAUUGAUAGCUUUUGGUAUAAUGGCAGAGUUUUGAUAAAUAUCCAAACCUGUUCUCUUUAAAAAUGUAAAACUUUAGAUCAAGAUCAAUUGACAUUUUUUGUCAAAUGUACAUUGCAGUCCUAAAGUUUUAAGCUAAAAAACAUUUUUAUUUGAGACGUCACAUUUAGAUUAAAAACUUUACUUGUUAAGACAUUCAAAGCUCAUCUUUUUAAUCAAUGCAAACAAUUUUUUAAGCAUGUUAAAUAUGUUAAUAUUUUGAUAAUCAUUACAAACGGCAAUGUUAUGACAUCAGCAUAUCGCAUCUUUUAGGCAGACAAAGGUGCAACACAGUUUAAAACUGAUAGCAUUUUUUUCUUAACAUAAUAAAAAAGUAUAGUGUUAUAAGAUAUAAAAUUUACUUAAUUGGCACAUUUUUUGCAAAUUCUCUCUCAACACAUGUUUUUUUUCCCCUUUUUGCUUGCUAAAGAAACCAUACUAAUAAGAAGUGCUGUUUUUUAAGGUGUUGGAAUAAGUGAACGUAAGUUAUAGGUGGGCAGGCGAGUACACUUUUCAAAAUAAUGGUGCUUCUUACCGUGGGUUCACACCAGACGCGAGUUCAACGAAAUGCGCGAGUAGAUUACAUAUAAAGUCAAUGCAAAGACGCGGCGUGGGCUGAUGUGAAUGACGCGAUAUGGGCGGCAGGUUUGCCGUGAAAACACGCACUAUUCGCCUCAAAUGCGUCUUCGCACAAGUUGAAAAUAUUCAAUUCGAGUGAAAAAUUCCAUAACACGAAGUUAAGUGCCGCGAGUAAUCUAGAGCGAGUAACGCGAUGCCGCACGUUUGGUGUGUAUGUAGCAUUUGUGAUUCCAUAGAAGAAUCAUUUUUGAUUCCUUAAAGGGGCCAUGGCACAAGACUUUUUUAAGAUGUCAAAUAAAUCUUUGGUGUCCCCAGAGCACAUAUGUGAAGUUUUAGCUCAAAAUACCAUAUAAAUAAUUUAUUAUAGCACGUUAAACUUACCACUAGUGCUGGGCAAAGAUUAAUCGCGAUUAAUCGCAUACAAAAUAAAAGUGAUUAUUGGUAUAAUAUAUGAGUGUGUGCUGUGUCUAAUUAUUAUGUAUAAAUAUAUACACACACAUUCAUGUAUGUAUUUAAGAAACAUUUACAUGUUUAUAUAUAUUUAUUUAUAUUUUUAUAUAAUCUAUAUUAAAUAUAAAUAAAAAAAAUGAUAUAUAAAUAAAACAAUUCUGAAAUGAAUAUAUGAAUGUGUGUGUGGUUAAAUAUACAUAAUAAUUAGACACAGUACACGCACAUAUAUUAUGCAAAAAAAAAUCACUUUUAUUUUGUAUGCGAUUAAUCGCGAUUAAUCUUUGCCCAGCACUACUUACCACUUUGUAGGCGUGUGCAAAAAUGUGCAGUUUUGGGUGUGUCCUUUAAAAUGCAAAUGAGCUGAUGAAAUUCAAACACUGAUCACAAUGAUGGUGGUUUGUUGCAAUUAAAACUCAAUUGUGCUUUUAUCUGCACUAAAUGGCAGUGCUGUGGUUGGAUAGUGCAGAUUAUUAUAAUAAGAGCUCCUUAUGACAUCAUAAGGAGAGCCAAAUUUCAACUACCUAUUUUUUCAUGUGCUUGUAGAGAAUGGUUUACCAAAACUAAGUUUCUGGGUUGAUCUUUUUCACAUUUUCUAGGUUGAUAGAAGCACUGGGGACCCAAUCAUAGCACUUAAACAUGGAAAAAGUCAGAUUUUCAUGCCAUGGCCCCUUUAAAUAAUCAAUCGGUCAAUGGAUUUACCUUUUUAUAAUCUAAAGAACCAUUUGUGAAACAGAAAGAUGAGGAUCUUUACGAAACCAAAAAUGGUUCUUCUAUGGCAUCGUGAAGCAUCAUCAUUUUUUAAAGUGUAAAACUUGGUAAGUGCAGAAAAAAGAAUCAGAAGUUGUAUAUGAAAGAGAUGUAAAUCGCAUGUAUGGCAAAUUUUAGGCCUGAACGCAAGGCAUGAUGCACUGCCGAUCUCAGCAUGCCUGCAGGGAACUUGGUACUCGAGUACUUGGUGUUCACAGUUAGUUUUCACAGAUGAAAUGGCUCUAAAAAUGAACUUUUCAAAUCAUUAUUGUAAGUGAAUCUGUGAAUGCUGACUGUCAAAUGGUGCAUGUUCUUACUUCAGGCCUAUGUUAUGGUCAUUUUGUAGGCUUUGCCUCUUUUUUGCAUGUUUGUCUUUUGUCGCAAAAUCUGUCGGGCUGAGAACAUUGUCUCUUUACUGACGAUGAUGUGUAUAAUGCUUUGCAUUCAAAUGGUGCACUGUACUAGAUUUAAUAUUUUAUAUAUUUUUCUAAUAAAACAUCUGAUUUUCUUUC